AUGUACAAAGUCGACUACAAGGAGGAUAAAGGGAAGUGCGUAGUCGCAGUGAGUCAAAUGCGAGCGGGGUACUGCAUCGUAGAGGCACACCCAGAAAUAUUCGUCCCGCUGAGUGUGAAGUACAUGGCCCCCAGAAUCAUCGAUGCGGAAAAUAAAAAAACAGAUUACAAAACAGUUAACAUAUGUUUUUAUUGCUUCGAAAAAUUUAGCAAGAUAUACUGUAGUGACGUAUGUAUGGAAUUAGCAUGGAAGUUGCAUAGAGAUGAAUGUGAAGUAUUUAAGUCCAAUAUCUUUGACAAAUUUUGUCCAUCCAUUAUCAUGCGGAUGGUAAUUAAUAGCUACCUAAGCCAUUUUAACUUUUACGAAUACUGUGGAAGCGUAACAGAAUUGCCAAAGGAAAAAUACGAGUACUUUAAGUACCCAGCAUAUAUAGUAGCAGUAGCACUGAUGAGCAAAAAAAAAAAAUGUUUUGCCAACUUUGAAGAUAAUGAGAGCAUACUGAAAAAUAUCAUCGAGAAAUUUGUAAAAAUUUCUAAAAAUAGUUUGCAGAUAAUUGACAAUGAGUUAGAACCAGCAGGAUUGGCAUUUUACAAAAAACCUGUUCCCUAUUUUAAUCACUCAUGUUUGAGUAACUGUGUGACUAUAUUUAAAAACCAAAAGUUAUUCAUACGAACUUUGGUGGAUGUAUAUCCUGGAGAAGAACUAACCAUUAGUUACAUCGAUAUAGCAUUUGAUAAAAAUACGAGACUAGCCAUUUGCAUGGAUCAGUAUUUCUUUACCUGUUCAUGUAAGCUAUGUAAAGUGAACGUGGUCUCUGAAUGCCAAAAUAUUUUUAAUACAGAAUUUGUAUGUACUCAUUCUGAGAGUUGUAAAAAAUGUGUUAACAAUAUGGAACUCAUUUUGAUCUCCGAGUUGGAAAGAAAAAAUUGUUAUAUGAAUAAAAGUCAAUUUAAAAAUUCUUAUCCUAUUUUAAAAAAAUCGAACGAGCAACAACAUAUGUGGAAAUGUGCCCUCUGUAAAAACGAAGUGCAUGAUAAUGUUAUAAAAAGCUUGAUGGAGAAGGAAAAAGAAACUGUUAAGGAGACAGCUCAUUUGGAGUCUCUUUUCAGUGAAAAAUACUCCUACGAUAAUAAAUCUGUGUUACAAUCACUUAAUAAAAUAAAAUCCAAAAUUGAUUACUUGACCACUUUUUAUCACCACACUAGAUAUUCACUGCAAAAAAUGAGAGCCAAAAUUCUUUACAUUUCUAUACAACUGCAAGAAUUUAAGUUAGCAUACAACAUUGCUAACCAGUACCUCAAAUCUAUUGAAGUUUCUUAUGGGAAAUACUCCCCCAUUUAUGGGUACUAUAUUUUCUUAACUGGCAAACUUGCCCUCUUUCUUGAUCUCAAGUCUGAGGGCCUUAGUUUAAUUCACAAAGCCAAAAAGAAUAUCAUAAAAACAUACGGACCGGACUCUCCCAUUUAUAAAGAUCUGGAGAAGUUCCUCUACACCAAUAAGUACUGA